AUGACUGAGGCUCGUCCACUUCUUGGUCCAUCUCUCUCCUUCUCCGCCGUCUCUUCAGCUCCUCCUAGGUUACCCAAACGCCGAAUGUCAUUGUCCUCAGCGCUCGAAUUCUUCGCUCCAGCUGCAUCCUCUUUCCAGCCUCGUCCAUACGCGCCUAAUGUCCAAGUCUCAGAGGCUCGCUCACGAGCUCUGCAUUCCUCUCGGAACCAGCGAGACCUUCUGGCCAUGCCACCCGCCGGAAUGGAUCCUCAACCAGCAGAUCCAAAUGUUUUUUUCAUUCACCCACCUUUCGUCACCUUCCCAAAUUCGCAUUUACAUCCAGAUGGUUUAUCUUAUGUAUUGAUGGCUGAGAAUCCUGAAUGGUUUCUUGAUGCCAACGAUUUCAUAUCCCAACAGAACACUAACCCUCGAGCUAUACCAUAUCCUGCUAACCUUGAGCCACCCAGGGGUUGGUGUCCGGCGAAGAAAAAAGAUCUCAAAGAACGCGGUGCAGAGGGAUGGCCUGAAGGAGAAGAACCACGAUUACGGUGCACAUUUUGUCGAAGAACGUACGCCGGCGUUAACGCCAAGAGCAUGUGGAGACGCCAUGUCUUUGAAAAGCAUAAAAUCGCCAUGUCUAACAGACGCGAUGGCAAUGAGCACCCUCGGGGACGAGGUUCAGGCAAGGAAAACAAGCAACUUGCAUCGAACAAACCUCGUGCUGAGCCCCAUGAUAGACUUGUCGAUAUGGAGAUCGCACUUCAAACCGAGCAUCAGACGCUAUCGCACAAAACGAGAUUCCGUUCUGUUCUUCCCGCGGAAGAACCGAAGCGGAGAGAUCGUGAUAGGAAGAAGGGAAGAGAGAAUUUUACCGUACCAGCAACCCCUCGAAUUCCUCAACAAGAGUUUCUUACCGCGUAUGAAGGUGAAGACACUGACUCAUCGUCAUUUCAGCCUACUGGCCCAUCUAUUAGCCCACCCCUCACCCCUCCUUCUUCUCUGUCGUCCGACCCAUCCCUGACCUGUGAGGGACCUCGUACCACACCAUCCGGCACUAUGCGACCUGUUAUCCCGCCUUCUCCAUACAACCCACUUCUUACCCCCUCAUUCCGCCACUCCCCUCCUCGGUUGCCAUCGGACCAGCCUUGGCGUUUUCCCAGUCCAAGUCACCCAUUGCACUCUCAAACUCGUGAUGUGUCUUUGAGUAUGCUCAUUCGUGACGCGACGAGCCCUCUUGUCAAAGAGUCGUUGGGUAUUGGAGCAAGUCCUCUGGUGAUUCAGUCUUCGCCCAUUUCGAGCCCAUUACGAUCAGAAAUGAGCAGGUCUAGCCAUUUACAGACGCCGUCUAGUGUGCUUAGAGUUCCAAAGUCCGCUGCCAGGACCCUCUUCUCAAGAAGCCAAUUCCCUUCCCCCUUUGAAUUUCGUAAGGUUGGAGGAAAACACUUUUCUCGGAUAGAAGGAUCACCCCUCGCUCGAAAUCCUCGAACGGGUGCGGGUCACCGAAAAUCUAUCUCUAUGCUGUCAGACGAUUGGUUCUCUGAAAGCUCACUCUUAUCCACGAAUUCUCUCUCUCUCGACAAUCCUAUCAACGAUCCCUUCGUUGCGAUCUACAGCCCUUGGUCCAGCAUUGGCGGUGGUUCUACAGCGUCACCAGUGCGCCCCUCCAAACCAAGUAUCGAGGCAGAAAGCCCCGUGCUACGAAGCCACGCUCAACGCGCAGGCAUAGGGCUUGGCAUAGGGCUGCUGGAGCCCUUCACGCUACCGAAAGAUGCGAACAGUAUUGAUGACUUGCUUGCUGACGAGGCUGACUCCGAUUUCAGAAAGGAACUCGACGAAGCCGAGGUACUCCCCCCGUCUUGUAAGAACAACGUUUCGGAAGAAGUCUAUAGACCGCCUCUGAAAAAGAGACGGACGUCAUUGGACCGCUGUGGCUGA